GGCUGCGCCACCAUUGAACAGAAUGAUUGGAAAAGCGGAGCGUUGUGGACGGCUCAAGUGAUUUGUUUAUUUCGUAUCUACCGAUCGAGUGGAAAGUUUUCCGUUCCCAAUUGUUGCUAUCACGUGGCGCAAUCCUGAUGCAGCAUCAUCAUCUGUCGAAAGCAAUUCGUAUACGUUGUUUAUGUUGAUAAAUACACACAAUCAAUGUGUUCAUGUGAUGAAAUACUGCUAAAUUAUCAUUUUGCUAGUUAAUUAUUUAUGAGUGUGUGAAUUUGCGGUCUAAUUUACAUAAUCAUGCAGGCGAACAAACUGCCACCGAAUCCGCGCGAGUCGGCAGGUAUUUUAUCCUCGCUAAUGUUCUGCUUUGCCCUGCCCAUUCUAUUCAAGGGUCGCAGGCAGACGCUUGAGCCAUCUGAUCUGUACAAAACCCUUGACGAGCACGGAGCUGAGACCCUGGGCGAUGAGUUCUUUAGGAAAUGGGAGGAGGAGGUCGCCCGGUGCCGGGGCAAGGGUUCCAAACGGGAACCAAGUGUCCUGCGAGUCAUCGGUCGCGUUUUUGGCUGGCAGCUCAUCUUAUCCGGUAUAGUGAUUGCCAUCCUGGAACUGGGAACCAGGGCCACGGUGCCGCUUCUUUUGGCCGGUCUCAUAUCGGAGUUCAGUGAGCAUGGAAAUGGACACAGCUACUACGCCCAGAUCUAUGCUGUUCUUUUGAUAGUUUGCAUCUUGGCCAGCGUCCUUCUCACACACCCCUACAUGAUGGGCAUGAUGCAUUUGGCCAUGAAGAUGCGAGUUGCAGUAAGCAGUGCUAUCUACAGAAAGGCCCUGCGCCUAAGCCGUACAUCUCUGGGAGAUACCACAACCGGCCAGGUGGUUAACCUGUUAUCCAAUGAUCUCAACCGCUUCGAUCGAUGCCUUAUUCAUUUCCAUUUUCUGUGGCUGGGUCCUGUGGAGCUGAUGAUCGCUGCUUACUUUCUGUACCAGCAAAUUGGCAUAGCUUCCUUUUACGGGAUCAGCAUCUUGAUACUCUACCUGCCACUACAAACCUAUAUGAGCCGAAUUACCUCAAAGCUGCGCCUGCAGACUGCCAUUCGGACGGACCAGCGGGUGCGCAUGAUGAACGAGAUCAUCUCGGGCAUCCAAGUAAUCAAGAUGUAUACAUGGGAGCGACCAUUUGGCAAGCUAAUCGAACAGAUGAGGCGCAGUGAAAUGAGCGCCAUUCGGAAGAUAAAUCUGUUACGCGGAGUCUUGUUAUCCUUCGAGAUCACCCUCGGUCGCAUUGCCAUCUUUGUGAGCCUCCUGGGUUUCGUGCUGGCGGGCGGCGAACUUACGGCCGAACGUGCCUUCUGUGUCACUGCUUUCUACAAUAUCCUGAGGCGUACUGUGAGCAAGUUUUUUCCCAGUGGGAUGUCUCAAUUUGCUGAACUUUUGGUCUCCAUCCGUCGUAUAAAGACAUUUUUGAUGCGCGAGGAGGCAAAUAUAAUUGAUAAGUCAGUCCAAUGUGAGGAAAAAUCAGAAGAGGAGCAACACUUGCUUGGAGAAGUAGAAAAGAAGACUUAUCCCAUUGGAAAUGGCAAACUACCAGAUGUUCUAGUGGACAUCAAAGGCUUGAGAGCACGCUGGAGCCAGGAUCACCAUGACCCCGUUUUGGACAACGUCAACUUGUCGCUGCAACGUGGACAACUGGUAGCUGUUAUCGGACCCGUGGGAUCUGGAAAAUCAAGCCUUGUUCAGGCUAUCUUAGGAGAGCUGCCAUCUGAGUCUGGAUCGGUCCAGGUUUCAGGUAGAUACUCCUAUGCCUCCCAGGAACCAUGGCUAUUCAAUGCCUCAGUGCGCGACAACAUUUUGUUUGGCUUGCCUAUGGACAAGCAGCGCUAUCGAACCGUCCUUAAGAAGUGCGCACUGGAGCGGGAUCUGGAAUUGCUACAAGGUGAUGGAACCAUUGUGGGCGAGCGGGGCGCAUCGCUGUCUGGUGGUCAGAGAGCGAGAAUCUGUUUGGCGAGAGCUGUGUACCGUAAGGCGGAUGUCUACCUAUUGGAUGAUCCCCUCAGCGCAGUGGAUACCCAUGUGGGUAGGCACCUCUUUGAUGAGUGCAUGCGCGGCUUCCUGGGUAAGCAGUUAGUGGUUCUAGUCACCCAUCAGCUACAGUUCCUAGAGCACGCCGAUCUUAUUGUGAUAAUGGACAAGGGAAAGGUAUCGGCCUGCGGCACUUACGAAGAAAUGCUUAAGAGUGGCCAGGACUUUGCCCAGCUUUUGGCUGAGAGCACCCAAAAUGGCGGCGAAGAUGAUGCGGAUGAGAAGUCGUCUGGGUAUUCCCAACAGGCCAGUUCUAUAAGCAGUGGAAGUGCAAAGGGAAGCUCCACUUCGUUGGAAUCCAUGGUGGAGAAAGAGAAACCAAAGCCAAGUUCAGUGACAGUGCAGGAGUCUCGUAGUGGUGGUCAAAUUGGUUUGAGCAUGUACAAGAAAUACUUUAGCGCAGGCUGUGGCGUCAUAGUUUUCGCAUUGCUUGUGUUCCUUUGUACUGGCACUCAGCUAUUGGCCUCUGGCGGGGAUUACUUCUUGUCGUACUGGGUAAAAAACACUGCUUCAUCGUCGUCGCUGGAUAUUUACUAUUUCACGGCUAUAAACGUGGGUCUGGUUAUUUGUGCCCUGCUCCGGACUCUACUUUUCUUCAACAUCACCAUGCACUGCUCCACCGAGUUACACAACACCAUGUUUGGGGGUCUGUCUCGUACGGCUCUGUACUUCUUUCAUACUAAUCCCUCAGGACGGAUACUCAACCGUUUUGCGAAUGAUCUGGGUCAGGUGGAUGAGGUGAUGCCUGCCGUUAUGUUAGAUUGUAUUCAGAUCUUCCUCACUCUGUCGGGCAUCAUCUGUGUGCUCUGCCUGAGCAAUCCGUGGUACCUAAUCAAUACGUUUGCCAUGAUACUGGCAUUUUACUAUUGGCGUGAUUUUUACUUGAGUACGUCGAGGGACGUGAAGCGCCUGGAGGCAGUUGCUAGGUCACCCAUGUACUCGCAUUUUAGUGCCACUCUUACUGGACUUCCCACCAUACGGGCCAUGGGCGCCCAACGUACUCUGAUCGGGCAGUACGACAACUACCAGGAUCUGCACAGCUCCGGAUACUACACUUUUGUUUCCACCAGUCGUGCAUUUGGCUACUACCUGGAUUUAUUCUGUGUGGCCUAUGUCAUAUCAGUAAUAUUGCACAGCUUUUUCAAUCCACCUUUACAUAAUGCUGGACAGAUAGGCCUGGCCAUCACCCAAGCACUGGGAAUGACGGGAACGGUGCAGUGGGGCAUGCGACAAUCCGCCGAGUUGGAGAAUUCAAUGACGUCGGUGGAGCGAGUGCUCGAGUACAAGGACCUGGAAUCGGAAGGAGAAUUCACCUCGCCGGCGGAUAAGCAACCACCAAAGAGUUGGCCAGAAGAGGGUCAGCUGGUGACUAAAGAUUUAAGCUUGCGAUAUGUGCCAGACCCUAAUGCAGAUUACGUACUUAAGGGACUAAGUUUCACCAUUAAGCCCAGGGAGAAAGUCGGAAUCGUAGGACGUACUGGUGCAGGAAAAUCUUCGCUGAUUAAUGCACUCUUCCGGCUUUCCUACAACGAAGGAGCAAUAAUUAUCGACAAACGGGACACAAAUGAUAUGGGUCUGCACGAUCUACGCAGCAAAAUCUCGAUUAUUCCUCAGGAACCCGUCCUGUUCUCUGGCACAAUGCGAUACAACUUGGAUCCCUUUGAGCAAUAUCCUGAUGAUAAGCUCUGGAAGGCUCUAGAGGAGGUACACCUGAAGGAGGAAAUUUCCGAGUUGCCUACGGGUCUGCAAAGUGCCAUUUCAGAGGGUGGAACCAAUUUCAGUGUGGGUCAGCGCCAGUUGGUCUGCUUGGCACGAGCCAUUCUUCGCGAGAAUAGAAUUCUCGUUAUGGACGAGGCAACAGCAAAUGUGGACCCCCAGACGGACGCACUUAUACAGGCCACAAUUCGGAACAAAUUUAAAGACUGCACUGUACUUACGAUUGCCCACCGUUUGAACACCAUUAUGGAUUCGGACAAGGUUCUUGUUUUGGAUGCCGGUCAAGUCGUCGAAUUUGGUUCACCCUACGAGCUGUUGACCGAGUCAGAGGCAAUGGUAUUCCAUGGAAUGGUGAUGCAGACGGGGAAGGCCAGUUUUGAUCAUCUUCUGAAAGUGGCAGAGAAUGCCAAGCAAAGGCACAUUUAAAGCUGAAAGCUUCAUUUUCCCUGUAAUCAUUAGCGGGCUCAAUGGUAAAUGGAUAUGGAAGUGCUUAAAGCUAAUGUUUCCGUUCUAAACAGUUUGUACUUAAAAUUAGUGAGAAAAAUGACAAUAUGUAUUUUUAUAAAUAAAAUUUUAAUAAUCGAAUAAAGAUGUAUAUGUA